AUGGAUUCCAAAGAAAGUGGAGAAAGGAGAAUCAAAGUGAUUGGAUCCCAAGAAGAUCAUGAUUCUACAGAAAGAAAUAGUCACUCUGAAGCUCGAGAUUCCAAAGAAAUUGGAGAAAGGAGAAUCAAUGUGAUUGGAUACCGAGAAGAUGAUGAAAGAAAUAGUCACUCUGAAGCUCGAGAUUCCAAAGAAAGUGGAGAAAGGAAAAUCAAAGUGAUUGGAUACCGAGAAGAUGAUGAUUCUACAGAAAGAAAUAGUCACUCUGAAGCUCGAGAUUCCAAAGAAAGUGGAGAAAGGAAAAUCAAAGUAAUUGGAUCCCGAGAAGCUGAUGACUCUAUUGAGAACGAGAGUGGACCGGACGCUAAAGAUUCUGUAGAGAAAGAGAGUCACUCCGCAGCUCGAGAUUCCAAAGAAAGUGGAGAAAGGAAAAUCAAAGUAAUUGGAUACCGAGAAGAUGACGACUCUGCCGAGAAUGAGAGUGGGCCGAAAACCAAAGAUUCUGCAAAGAGAGAGAGUCACUCUGCAGCUCGAGAUUCGGAUGAGAAUGGAGAGAAGAACGAGAACAACAAUUCCAAUUCUGACGAAAGUGUUGAAAGGAAAAUCAAAUUGAUUGGAUCCAGAGGAGAUGAUGACUCAGCAGAGAACGAGAGUGGACCAGAUACUAAAGAUUCGGCUGAAAAGGAGAGGCACUCUGCAACUUGGGAUUCUACAGAAACAGGGAGUAACUCUGUAGCUCGAGAUUCUAAAGAAAGCUUCAAAGGCAAAAGUAUUGGACUUGGAAGAGAUGAUGAUUCUGCUGAGAAAGUGAGUCAGGCUGCAGGUGGAGGUCCCUUCCUCGAGAAGCAGAAAGCCAACUCUGUUGUGAAGAGGCCCAGAAGAUCAAUCCGUGAAUAUUAUGAAAGGCACCGGGAGUAUUACUACAAGACACCUUACGAGCAUCGUAGAGAACUAUGUGAGUCCUUCUAUCCCUGUGAUUACCUGGCCAACAGGAUUGGAUUCCAAACUGCCUACCAACAAUACUUCGGAAAUUAUUAUAAAUAAACUCGAGCCCAAACAUCAGCAAUAUCACAGUACAGUACUUUAUAUCACACAUAAUGUUUAUACAAUGGAUUGGACCGUGUUAAUUGGAAUGCUGAACGAAUACUUGUGUAGUUUCCAUCAGAGUAUUUAAAUCUAGUUCUGCUGGUCACAGCUUUUGCCUGUUAAGAACCUUUGACUUAAGGGGUCCUCACUGCUGUCUGGAACUGGGAUGAGAUAAUGUUUUGCUUACUAAUAACCCAAUCCAAUCUUCCACACUACAACUCAUGGCCUGCUUUGAAUCUUAAAACUGAACAGAUUUUCCAAAUCUCUGGUGACUAAAUUAUGGUAUUCUCCACACCCCACGCCACCCAAGCGCAUCCAUUCCUUUGCCAAUUUUACCAUAAGAUAUGUACAAGCUGCUAUUUCUACUGAAUGUAUGUCACCUUUGUCCUUUGAAAUAAGUGUGUUGUGAAAGGCUUUCAUGAAAUAUCACCAUCCCAAUCCCUCAAUAUUAGACACCUAGAAGGCUGCAUACCAGAAGAGCAUUGCACUCAAUCUUUUUCCAACGCCAAGGUGUUCUAAGCUGGCCAGAGCAAAGUAUUUGCCCAGACAAAUUAGCUGCUGGCGGCAAAUGGGCUUUUCAUUGUUCCGAAUUUAGCCCUUUUCCUCACCAAGGCCACAGUGCGGUUGACGUUGGGGGUGGAAACGUGCCUGUGGUUUACAAGGAUGUGUGCUCGUGAGGGUAGAGCUCACCGCUGUUGCACCUGCAAGUGUCUGGUGCCAACACCGAAUGCCUGAUGAAGGAUUGCUCCACAGCCAACUAAAAUAUCCUUCGCCUCAACAAAUCUAGCAGACAGGUUAUUGACUUUUUCCUAUCCUUUACUCAGUUUAAAAAAUAAAACGAUUUCCAGUUCGGCUAACAUUAAGCUUGCCAUAAACACCGAGCGGUAAAGAGAUUGAAUAGCCAAGAGCAGGUGAGGGUCUAUCCUUGCAUACCAACACACAAGGCUGAAAAAAAAUGAAGUGCUUGAAAACACGGCACAUUUAAAUCAGUGUGUUUGCAUUCUGUGUGAUAUAAUUGUGCAUGUGAUGAGGUAGUGGGUUACCCAGUGGACGCCAGACCUGAAGGGAGGCAAACACUCCUGAUGUAGUGCUGCUUGACAGUACUAGACCAAAUACAUACAUAAGCAUAUUUUGGCUGCUUCUAGGGAACCAGAUAACCUCUUGUCACGAUCGCAGCCAAAUGAUUUAUAUACGAGCAAACUGUGUAGUACUAGCAUGCCAAGUUUAUGUAUAAUAACAUCACACGACAUUUUCCAGGGUUGAGGUUAUGUGCAAUAUCGUGUAAACUAAAUGAAAUAGUGUACUUUUCUUCAGCAUGGAGUAAGCUGGGCCUCCUACUGUGUCCUUUUUAGAGUUCAAGCACCAAUGUUUACUUCUGUCUUAAGGCACAAAUGUAUUAUAAUUUAAACAUCAAAAGACACAUGGUCAUCCUGUCUCCAACAAGCCCAAAUACUGACUGUACAGUUGUACAUAGUUGAAACUUAAGGCGUUUAAGUUUUGUAAAUUAUUUGUUUAGACUGACGCUGUAAAUUGGCUCUGUGGGGCGGAACAGCAUUGGACAAGAAUGGGAGCAUUAUUUUAAAACAAGCUCUUUGGUUGCUCUUUAUUUCUGUGCUAAUGUAAAAAGUUUUGCAGGAAUUAAAAUUGUUUACAGAGCUACUCUCUCAGGAUUAAAACUGACCUGAGGGUCAACAAGCGACACCCAAUCAGUUCAUUUGUUAGAGAGUAAGGAAUCCUAGAAAACAAGGGGAUUAGUAUUGUGUAGAGUCUGCCCUGAGUAGACGCAGAUUUCUAAUGUUUGCAUCAGUUUUUAAGAGGAUGAAAUAGAUUUGUACAAACAAAGAGGAUAAACAGCUUCCUUAAUUUGGGAAAAAAAAAUUCCAACAAUACUCAGAGGGAUAAAACAUACCCUCACAACAUGGUAACUGUUCCCAGGGGUUAGGGGAGACCAGUGGUGUCUUUGGUUAGGUAUUUCAUAAUGUUCAGAACUAGUAUCACUGCACAAGCUGAAAAUAAUGCACUUACGUUCUUUGCAUUGUAUUUUCCUACUUUAGUUAAGCAGAAAUCCUGUAGUUUGAUGUCUGUAUUUUAUGAAUAUAACAAUAAAACGAAUCAUGUUUGA